GGACCUCAAACCAGACAACAUCUUGCUUGACAAUGAGGGUCAUGUGAUGCUGACUGACUUUGGGCUUUGUAAAGAAAGUGUGGCCGUUGAUGGGAUCGUGCAUACAUUCUUUGGGACUCCUGAGUACCUCGCUCCAGAGGUGCUACAAGGCUUCCCAUACAGUCCAGCAGUGGAUUGGUGGGGCCUCGGCACUGUGCUGUUUGAGAUGCUCUAUGCACUGCCUCCGUUUUACAGCCGUUGCAAAGCAGAGAUGUUUGAGAACAUACUUCACGCUCCACUGCAGGUGCGCAGUGGAAGUUCUCAGGCCUCACUGUUAAAGGGGUUGCUGGGAAGGGACGUCUCCAAACGCUUAGGGGGAAGCAGUGACCUUGCGGAGCUGCAGGAACAUCCUUUCUUUGCAUCCAUCAAGUGGGACGACCUGCUGGCCAGGAAAGUGAGACCUCCCUUCAUCCCGAAAGUGGCCGGCCCCUGUGAUUUAAGCCACAUCGACCCUGAGUUCACUCUCCAACCUGUCCCUGCCUCUGUGAAUGAGUGCCAGGCGUCUGGGACCAACGAGGCCUUCCCAGGAUUCUCCUUCAUGAACCCAGUGGAGUACGUGGCAGUAAAUCCGGGUUCAUAA